CAGAACGUGGUUACAGGGGAACAAUGUAAAGAAAUAUAGGAAGAUUUGAAUAGACCUUUUAUUAUUAUUAUUUUAUAUGCUUAUUUAAAUUGUAGUUAAACACCAUAGUAGAACGACCAUAAAGCGUAUGCUAUUAUUUGGGGGGGAGGGGGAUUAAACCACAGAGGUUUCAGUGAAGUUUUCUUUACAGGUUGAGCAAUACAAGGAGCCUAGAUUGAUGUGUAUGUCACAGUAAGCGGCCACACCAUGAGUGGGGAGCCUGAUGCGUUGGCUAUCGUGAAUCAGCUGCGGGACUUGGCAGCUGACCCCCUCAACAGGCAAGCCAUUGUCCAAGAUCAAGGAUGUUUACCGGGCCUUAUUUUGUUUUUGGACCACCCUAACCCUCAAGUCGUCUAUUCUGCACUUCUGGCUGUGCGCUAUUUAGCAGAAUGUCGUGCCAACAGAGAGAGGAUGAGAGGUGAGCUUGGGAUGAUGCAGAGCCUAGAGAAUGUGAUGAAAAAAACGACGACACCUGGAGAAACAAAGUUGUUGGCCUCAGAAAUCUAUGAAAUCCUUAAGUCUGCCUGCAACGCAGAGGCAGACCAGGCCGAACAGGCCAGCUACAGACGCAAGACUCAGUUCUUUCUUGGAGCCACGAACAAGCGUGCCAAAACUGUGGUUUUACAUAUAGAUGGUCUUGAUGAUGCUGCUUGUAGAAGUCUUUGCGAAGAGGCACUGCUCAAGAUUAAGGGAGUCAUUAGCUUCACAUUUCAGAUGACCGUAAAGAGAUGCAUUGUUAGGAUCAGGUCAGAUUUAAAAGCUGAGGCACUGGGCACUGCAAUUGCUUCAACCAAGAUAAUGAAAGCACAGCAAGUAGUUAAAGGCGAAGAUGGAAAUGAGGUCAUGAUCUCUUUCGAAGAUGCCCUUGUCGAGGUUGAGCAGAACACAGACCUGCCUGAUUAUUUGCCAGAGGAGGAAAGCCCCUCAAAGGAGCUGGACAAAGCCGUUUCCCGCGUGGGGAUCAAGCAGGAUGCAAGCGGCUGGCUCAAUACAGCAGCAAACUUUUUAACCAGGUCUUUCUACUGGUGACACAAGGGUUAGACCGGGAGCAACUGUAUAUUAUUUGGAAGUGGUUGGGUUUCUUUUGGAGCGAUAGACUGCCAAGUGCAAUUUGCAAUAAUAUAUUGCGGUGUAAAAAGGCUGUGCACGCAGACACGUACGUACAUACAUACAUGCACACACACACACAUAUAUAUAUAGAUAUAUAUGUAUGUGUGUGUGUAUAUGCUACACACACAGUGUAGCAGUUUUAUGCUGUUACACAACAUAGUUAAUUCUAAAUUUGUAUUUGUAACUAAAUGGCUUGUGAAAUGAAGCUUUAUCACAGGGAUUUUCAGGGAAUCUAAAAAUGUUACCCAGAGCACUACUUUUGUCUCAGCUUUGCUUCAGUGAGGACCUAUAUACACAAUGCAAUUUGAAGGGUGUGUUUGUGCAUGAAUUAUAACUGCUUUAUUUUGUUUUCAUCAGCCUUUCCUCAUUAAGAUGAUAUUUAAAUAUGUGUUUACCAGUUGUUUGUUUAUCCCAAGAGUAUUCACAAACUGUUAUUUUUAUUGUCCGAACUAUAUGUAAUGUUAAUUGCUGUCUGCCUUUUUGUUUUGCUUACUGAAUUACCUUAAUUAUGUGUACCUUGGUUGCUGCUUUAAUUUAAAUACUUUCCCUUCCUUUUUUUCCGCAUUGGCAAAGAUCGUUUUUGCAGACAUCCUUCUAACUAUAUCGACGUCCACCAUCACCUUGUCCCAAAAAUUUAAAGUCUCAAUGUUAGUGCGUUCCAAGUAGUUUUUACAACUUUGAAAUGUAAAGCUUUUUGGAUCUUAUGUUAAAAUGUUUGUUUUUGUUUUGCUGUAAACUUGAUUCUGGUGAAGCAAUAGGAUGGUGUAUGAAAUUUGAAAUGCAAAGGAACCUUACCAGCUGUGUUGCGGGAAAUGUAUUUGAGCAGCCACCUAGGACCCCACCAAGUGUAAACCAUACAGCUCUUUAUAGUCCAAUACAAAACCAGACACUGCACCUCAAUAACAGUAGUACUAAACUGCACUGCAUUUUUAUGUUUCACUAAAUGUAUCUAUCAGUGCUUUUCAGAGCGAUUUUUGUAAACUGUUUAGCAUGCAGUCCUGUUUUCUUUUUUUUAGCCUUAAUCCAAAUCCAAAUUAUUCUAGUAUCUCAAAGGCUGGCUUCUUCAAGAUACAUUUCAAACAAUGCAGUCUGUUACUGUUUUCUGAAAGUACUCAAUCUUAGAACAAAGAUCAGUUAGUAUAGAAAAUCACUGUGUUGCUUGCCAAAUGUUUUUCAGUGGCCUAAGCGAACCUAAAUAAAAAAUAUUUUCAUCUGAAAUUGGCUAUAAAUCUGAAAAGUAUCAUACAAAUGUACAGGCCACAGUGUCCUUAAAUUUGUUCACAUUAUUUGAUCAGACAUUUAUUGUGACUAUUUCAUGAGGGCUUUUAGAAAUCUUGCAGAGGGAAGUUUACAUGUUCAAGCUAUUUUGGUUACCCAUGAAGGUACCUAUUAGUUUAAAGUUAUCCCCAGGUGUGCCCAAGCUACCACCAUACACCUGACUUGAUUCCCUGAUCUCUUUGCCGUAUUGCAAUAAAGAUUGACAGGAAUUUCAGUCCUUAAGUACAAUUUUCUAGGUAAGGCUACGAACAGAGAGCUUUUGGUAGCUUUACAUAAACUUCUCAAGUUCCCUAGUUCUAAUAACUAGAGGUUUCAGAUGUUUCAAAUCUAUCAACUAGGACGCUGCAAAUGUUGCUGUUAACACUCUUGAGACAAAAGCCAAUAUUUUUUAAGCUCUUAAUUAAAUGACCAUCCCACUCAAAACCAAUUGAACUGAUCCUGUAAGACGUCCUUAAGAUAGAAAGAAUAUCUGACAAGCUCCAUGAUCACUGGGUAGUCAUAUUCCUUGUAGUAAUAGCCUUCACAGAUGACUUCUUCAAUGAGCAUCUAAUGUUGGCUAAACUGCACUUUCAAAAGAUUCCUGUCCGUAGAGUGAUCGACAUUCAGCACUGACAUCAGUUUCAGGAGUGUUAAUCUUCCAUUAAGCUCAUGUUAUCGAAGGGUUCCUUUUUUUUAGGUUUUAGUGUAUUGAAUACGCAACAAAGCAAAACCUUGUUUUGACAGCAUUUUAAUUAUCAUUUUUACAACUUUCAAGAAUGUAAAAUGGCUGCCUCAUCUCGUCAGUAAUAUUGCACUGUAUGGAUUUGUUUUUUAUAGAGGUUACCAUAGGGUAUUCAAAUAGAGUACAUGUUGUUCACAAUUGUUUUUGAUCACUUUUAUAGCAUUGCUGAAUACAGUGUUGUGUUUUAAAGCUCAUUACUUAUUCUAACCAUAUAAAUGCUUUACAUAUAUCUGAAAUAUCUUUUUAAACAUCAGAAUUGCUUUAAUACCUGCUAUUCAUGUACGCUGGUACAUGUAUCAUCAGCUGUGGAUUAAAACCAAACAAACUUUUCAUGUAUACUGUAUUUUCUUAGAAACUUGUGUCAAAUGAGAGCACAGCUGAACAUUUUAUCCUAGUGGCACAUUUAAAUAACAGCCCUUCCUGACAGCCAAUGGUAUGUAGAUAGGCAAACAUAAAAUUAGUAAGAGCUGUUGUUCAGAUACGCUAUGGGAUUUGCAUGAAGAGCUUUCUGGUUUAAGCUGUAUUUCUACAUACUUAUGCUUGGGUUUCUAUUAAGUAUUGCUGGGAUAUGUAAAGCAUUGGAAACAACAAUUACGGUGUACGGUAACACCUUAAUGGAACAAUUUACUUAGGUGUAACAUUUUUUGUUCCUGCUUUGGUGCAUGUACUGUUCACAUUUUCCUUAACUGUUAAUCCUAGAAAUCUAAACGAAACCCAUUAUAAGGUUGCUGUUAGUGCAAGUAGAAAUGUGUGUUUCCACUCCACUUAAAGUAGUUCCACAUUUGUUAAAUGUACCUGCAGUUAUGUCAAGUAUUGCAGAACCAGUUUAGGUUGCUGUUUUUUUAACAAAGUGUAAAGGUCCUUACAGUAAGUGAUUAUGAAAUAAUAAAAUAAUGAACACAAAAA